AAGCCGAAUGCUGCUGGUGGCGCAAAAUAUCGGGACAAAAAUUGCGUCCCGACCAGAGAUCGGUCGGGAUGUGGGACAAAUAGCUCAAAAUCGGGACGGUCCCGAUUUUAUCGGGACAUCUGGUCACCCUAACCUCCCCCCAUGCCACCCCAUCUCCGCCCAUGCCGGGGAACUGGAGUCUCCGCCGGCAACGUUCUGGCCUCGGCAGCUGCCUCCAGCAGUUUUGUCUGAACAGCCAAUUCCUCGCACUGGCUUGAGAGCAGUGCACUGAGCCCCGCAUCUCCUCUGGGACAGGCAGGGGCUGGGCCUGCUCACCCCACCACCUUCCCAGGGCAUCUCCAGCCUGACCCACAAGGGCCACGUCUAGGGGUGGGAGUGUUUGCUCUCCGUGGGGCCCACUACCAGGACCCCAUACGUGAUGCCACCCAAUCCCAUUUCACAGAGUCUGUCGCCGCCCGCGGGGCUGGAUUUGACCUGCACAGGCUGUUAGCCCUAGAGUUCACCUGGCCCAGGGUGGGGAGGGCAGGACACCAAGCCAGCGCUGGGAAGGUGGCUCCUGGGCACAGGAACCCUCACUGCAAUGGGCUGUGUCCUACCCACGCCCAGACCCUGCCCCCCUGCUGCGCCCCCAGCACUGCGGGCACUGGGCAGAAGGGGGGAUUUGGGGAUGUUAGUAAUGAACCUUUGAUGAGUUUCAGCGGAAAGGGAAGGAAUUACACCCCAAGUGAGUGAACCCCCAGCCGUGGUCAGCAGGGGAGCAAUGUCAAACCACUGACAAAGGCAGCCCCCAGGAGGGAGAAACCCAGGGAGCGUUGGGGGGGCUCAAAAACCCGCCUCCCUAGGCCAGGAAUGUGCGGGCCAAGUGGGGAGAGGGGCAGCUGGGCCAGGGGGCAGACUCAGCAAAGCGGGGCUCUGCUUCGAGAAGCGUCAGUGGGUCCUGAAGGCUCCCUCCCUCCCCUGAGGCUGGGCUGGCCCCGCCCCGCAGGUAAAACACAGCAAACACCUUAGCCGCGAAACUCUGCAGCUCCGGCUCCAACUCCGCUAGCUCUGCUGCGUCAGGAGGAGCCAUUGUCCCAUUGAUGCUUUGCCGAGUGGAGACCCCCUGACCGACCAUGGGGCAACUCUUCCCCGACUUUAAUUCGUGCUCAUUUAGAAAGAGCUUGUUUGCACGGAGCAGCACCACAGUACUGCAGAGCGAGAGAUGGCCACAAAUCAAGAAGCAAGCCUGGCUGCUAAGCCCAGAGUCUUAUGUGUCUUCUGAGAGUCUCUGGUGACGCUCACGGCCAGCCUGCACCUCAGGCCAGGGGCGUAUGAGCCUCUCUUCACCUCAGCCCUAUUCUGCCCUAAUGCAGCCUUCCUUCGGGGCCUUGUGGUUUCUAGAGGUCUGGCGUUUCCCCAGCUCCCUGAAGGCCAGGCCUUGGCUCCAUAUGGAGGAGUCAUUUCAGAUCCAGUUGCAACCCACCCAACCAUAAUCUCCUCGGAUCGUUUGGAAGUGUUGCACUAACCCUUCAGAUUUCCUUUCCACGCCCCUGGAUUUGGGUCAGGAAGUUCUGACCAGAGGCGUUGCAGGGCCGAUGAGGUGAAACCAGGCACCUGAGAUCUCUGGUGCCGAUAAUGUUGGCUAAACAGCUGAACUGCACCCUUAGCCAACCCAUCUCUUGCCAGGGUCCUUCUCUUUCACCCACCCAGACAAACCUGUCGUGGUGGUGAAUGCCUCUGCGGGAGGGAGCUCUGGUAAGGCAGGUCUCCACCCAGACAGCUGUCCAGCUGCAUUUGGCUCCUGUGCGUGCCAGAGCCUGGCAUCCACGCGUAGCGCUGGAUCAGCUGGGAUGGGGCCAUCCUCGCUGAAGGGGGCCACUGGGAGGGGACUGAAAGGAAAUCUCCAGCCCUUUUGAUACUGAAGACACAGCACAUAUCUUUCCACCAUGAUUUCAAUAAUUUCCAUCCCACCAUCAACCUCAGCCUAGAUCAAUCCACACAAGCGGUCCAUUUCCUGGACACUACUGUGCUAAUAAGCGAUGGUCACAUAAAUACCACCCUAUACUGGAAACCUACUGACCGCUACACUUACCUACAUGCCUCCAGCUUCCAUCCAGGACACACCACACGAUCCAUUGUCUACAGCCAAGCUCUAAGAUACAACCGCAUUUGCUCCAAUCCCUCGGAUAGAGACAAGCACCUACAAGAUCUCUAUCAAGCAUUCUUAAAACUACAAUACCCACCUGCUGAAGUGAAAAAACAGAUUGACAGAGCCAGACGAGUACCCAGAAGUCACCUCCUACAAGACAGGCCCAACAAAGAAAAUAACAGAACACCACUAGCUGUCACCUUCAGCCCCCAACUAAAACCUCUCCAGCGCAUCAUCAGAGAUCUACAACCUAUCCUCAAAGAUGAUCCUUUACUCUCACAGAUCUUGGGAGACAGACCUGUCCUCGCUUACAGACAACCCCCCAACCUAAAGCAAAUACUCACCAGCAACCACACAUCACUGAACAAAAACACUGACCCAGGAACCUAUCCUUGUAACAAAGCCCGAUGCCAACUCUGUCCACAUAUCUAUUCAAGUGACAUCAUCAUAGGACCUAAUCACAUCAGCCAUAUCAUCAGGGGCUCGUUCACCUGCACAUCUACCAAUGUGAUAUAUGCCAUCAUGUGCCAGCAAUGCCCCUCUGCCAUGUACAUUGGCCAAACCGGACAGUCUCUCCGCAAAAGAAUUAAUGGACACAAAUCUGACAUCAGGAAUCAUAAUACUCAAAAACCAGUGGGAGAACAUUUUAACCUGUCUGGUCAUUCUAUGACAGACCUGCGGGUGGCUAUUUUACAACAGAAAAACUUCAAAAACAGACUCCAACGAGAGACUGCUGAGCUGGAAUUGAUAUGCAAACUAGAUACAAUCAACUCAGGAUUGAAUAAGGACUGGGAAUGGUCAUUACAAACAUUGAAUCUAUCUCCCCUUGGCCAGCUGCCGGGAGAACUGGUGGAGGCCCUGCGAGCUGUGGUGGGGAGCCAGAACGUGUCCACAGCCCUGGCCGUCCGGGAGCAGCACGGGAGGGAUGAAUCCAUGCACAGGUGCAGCCCGCCGGACGCCGUUGUCUGGCCCCAGGACGUGGAGCAGGUCAGCAAGUUGGCGGGGAUCUGCUACAGUCACAGUGUCCCCAUCAUCCCCUUCAGCACCGGCACGGGCCUGGAGGGCGGCAUCACCGCAGUGAGGGGUGGCGUGUGCUUUAACCUGACCCGAAUGGAUCGUAUCACAGCGCUCAGCACUGAGGACUUCACUGUGGCCGUGGAGCCGGGGGUGACCCGCAAAGCGCUCAACAGUUACCUGCGGGACACUGGCCUCUGGUUCCCUGUCGACCCUGGCGCUGACGCCUCCCUGUGCGGCAUGGCGGCCACCAGUGCCUCAGGCACCAAUGCCGUGCGCUACGGCACCAUGCGCCACAACGUGAUCAACCUGCAGGUGGUGCUGGCCGAUGGCAGGGUGCUGCACACGGCUGGCCGGGGCCGCCACUUCAGGUACCGGGGGCUGCAGCUCGGGGGUGGGGGGCACCAGAGGACUCCUGCCCCGAGAUCUCAUCCCAGCCCCUUCUCGCCCUGCUGCAGGAAGAGCGCUGCCGGCUACAACCUGACAGGGCUGUUUGUGGGCUCCGAGGGGACACUUGGCCUCAUCACCCAGGCCACACUGCGUCUCCAUGGCAGCCCUGAGGCUACGGUGGCGGCCGUGUGCGCCUUCCCCAGCGUGCAUGCGGCGGUGGGCUGCACUGUGCAGGUGCUGCAGGCCGGCAUCCCCAUGGCCCGGAUUGAGUUCCUGGACGACGUCAUGAUGGCCGCCUGUAAUCGGUUCAGUGGCCUGAGCUACACCGUGUCCCCCACACUCUUCCUGGAGUUCCACGGCUCGCCCGGCAGCCUGGAGGAGCAGGUCCGGCAGGCAGAGGAGAUCGUGCAGCUGAACGGUGGCUCGGACUUUGCCUGGGCCCGGGAUCUGGAGGCGAGGAACAAGCUGUGGGCCGCUCGGCACAACGCCUGGUACGCGGCCUUGGCCCUGCGCCCUGGGAGCAAGGGCUACUCCACAGACGUGUGCGUCCCCAUCUCCCGGCUGCCCCACAUCGUGGGAGAGACCCACAGAGACCUGCAGGAGUCAGGGCUCACAGGCCCGAUAGUCGGGCACGUGGGCGAUGGGAACUUUCACUGCCUCCUGGUGUUUGACCCGGCCGACCUGGCCGAGAUCCAGCGCGUCAAGGAGUUUGCAACCCGACUGGCCAGACAGGCCCUGGCCCUGGACGGAACCUGUACAGGCGAGCAUGGCAUCGGGCUGGGCAAGCGCCAUCUGCUGCGGGAGGAGAUCGGGGAGCUGGGGCUUACCAUCAUGAGGCAGAUCAAGGCCACGCUGGACCCCAAGAACCUCAUGAACCCUGGGAAGGUGCUGUGAGCGGCAUCUCCCACCCCUGCCCAGCCAGCCCAGAGCACCCAGCGCUGGCAAGGCAGGUUCCCUCCCAGGCCUGCAGCUGUCACUCCCCUUCCCC